AUGAAAGCCUUUGGCUAUCUGAUAGCUACUGCACCACUGCUCCACGGCACGCUGUCGCAGAUUCUUCCCUUGAAGCAGCCUGCCCCUAACAGCGCUUUGGGCAACGGAUGGCGAUACAAGGGCUGUUACAGCGAUAUCGCAAUUGGCCUACCCCUCCCCCACGCUUUGGGCAGUGGUUCUUUCAUGACCCAAACUCCCAACGGUGGCGUAUCUUGCACAGCCUAUUGUCAAGGCCUCGGUUACGCCUAUGCCGGUACAAACGAUGACCAGUGUUGGUGCGACAGCGGCAUCAAUCGCAGUUUCUCACUUACUUCCGGCAUCCUGUCUCCGAUCGGCAAUGCCGCUUGUCAGACAGGCUGUCGAGGAAACACAGGCGAAGCUUGUGGAAGCGUCAACACUUUCAUCUCCAUAUACCAGUAUACUGUAAGUGGAUUUCUUAGAAAUGCCUGUGUGCUUGCUUUCUUGUUGCUCUGCUUCUUGUACCUGUUUGAAGGAAGCGUGGAGCGACCGAGCGCUCGGCGGAGGAUGAAUGUGGAAAAGGAACGGGUCAAAGAGGCGGAACAUGCGGGAAGGGGGACUGGCACGGGGCGGUUGCUGGAGGCCCUUAUGUCGAGCCCCCAGCUACUCGACCCCCCAGCCCUGUUCUCAGCAUCCAAUACACCUCAAAUACUCCAAACUCAACCGAAUCUCCACAAAAGGCGUUGCAUACCAAUCCGUCCAAGCGGGUGGCUUUCGUGA